UUCAGAUUGAGAGAGAGAGAGAGAGAGAUGGAAGGGAUUGAGCACAGGAUAGUAAGGGUGAAUGGAAUAGAUAUGCAUGUUGCCGAGAAAGGCCAAGGCCCGAUGGUGCUGCUUCUGCACGGUUUUCCUCAACUCUGGUAUUCGUGGAGGCACCAGAUGACCGCACUCGCUUCCCAUGGCUACCGAGCUGUAGCCCCUGACCUCCGUGGUUUUGGUGAUACCGAUGCCCCACCCUCUCCUAGUAGCUAUACCUCCUUUCACAUCGUUGGCGAUCUCAUUGCUCUCAUCGACCUCCUUGGCCAAGAUCAGGUGUUUGUGGUGGCACAUGACUGGGGAGCCGUCAUCGCUUGGUAUUUCUGCUUGUUUCGCCCUGACCGGGUUAAGGCUCACGUCAGCCUCAGCGUUGCCUUUAAUCCUCGAAACCCAUCUGCCAAGCCCAUCGAUCGAAUGCGAGCUGCCUUGGGAGAGGAUUACUAUAUGUGCAGAUUCCAGGAACCUGGAGACGUAGAAGAUGUGUUUGCUCGUUUAGGUACCGCAAAUGUGCUUAGGAGAUUUCUAACCAUACGCCGCCCAGCUCCAGUUUUUAUGCCUAAAGGCAAAGAAUUUGGAGAUACACCUGAUCAUCAAAUUUCCUUGCCCUCGUGGUUGACAGAAGAAGACAUCAAUUACUAUGCUAGCAAAUUCGAUGCGAAAGGCUUCACUGGGGGAUUGAACUACUAUCGAGCUCUGAAUCUAAACUGGGAGCUAACUGCAGCAUGGACUGGUGUACAAGUAAAAGUGCCGGUGAAGUUUAUUGUAGGUGACCUGGAUUUGACAUACAACACACCAGGUGCCAAGCAAUAUAUACAUGGUGGUGGAUUUAAGAGAGAUGUGCCAUUUCUGCAAGAUGUGGUUGUGAUGGAAGGAGUGGGUCACUUCAUCAACGAAGAAAGGUCUGAAGAAAUUAACAACCAUAUUUUGGAUUUCAUUCAGAGAUUCUGAUGUGCUCUGUCAUUCCCUACUUGUGGUUUUCCCUGAGUCUUAUGUAACAUCUAAUGUCACUUUUAAGUAAUGUGCGUGGGGGGUGUAAUGAUCUCAUUGUUCCUUUGUCGAACAUUGCUUAUUUGAGCUACUUAGCAUGUUCUUGCCUAAAAUAAGCAUAGUUUAUUUCGUUUUUUGGUU